CUUCUGCUCGCGCGGACAAUCCAACCCUCACGCCCUCUCCAUCCUCAACGUGCACAACAGACGACCAGAAACGUGCGCACUGGUGCUUUCCACAUCUCGAUGCGCGCAUUCUCUUCGCUGCGAUAGCUCCUCCGUUAGCCUUCCCACGGCCCGGCCGCGCAACCAUGGCGACAAGCGACGGAGAUGUGAUCAUGACCGACGACAGAACCGCGGCCGACAUGGCGGCCACCAACACUGCCACCGAAGGCGAACAGUCCGCCUCCUCUUCUUUCUCUGCAACUUCUACUUCGCAGCCCACUCGAACCGACCACGACCGGCAAUUCUACUUCCUGCCCAAGCAGCCGCUAAAGAGAUCCCGACCUCAUGUGACGCAAAAUCUGAUAUCCGACUACGGCCUAGACGCCGUGCACAAUCGAGUCCGCAGGGUGGAUCCGGUGACUGGUGAGAAAAUAAACAAGCUGCGCAAGAGCUACGUUGGCAUCGUCAAGAACCUGCAUCUGGCAGGCUCUAAUAAAGAGGUUCCUACUCCGGGCCAGUGGAUUGACACGGUGAAUCCGUAUGACCCUCAGGGCAUCAUGGAUAAGCAGACGGUCGAAACCGGAUUCGACGUGGUUGAUGGACAGCAGGUCCCGCGGUAUGAGGAGCGCUGGAAGGUUGACAUAAAGCCCGUCUCGAAACAGGCCGCUCAGGCCUUGCUGGGCAAGCUGGGCACCGCCAUGCAGAUGGCGCCGGGGCCUCUGCCUGACGGGGAAAAAUGGAGGAAGCUGCUUGGCGAUGAUGAGACGAAAAAGAAACUUGUGACGCCUGUCUCUUCUUCGUUGAAGGCACCAGGUGCUGCAGUUUCCGCAAAGCCUAGCCCGCGCUUAAAUCCCACCAGCGGAAGGGUACAAAGAGCUGGUGCGAAGCGGAACUAUGACGAAUCGUCUUUUGCCGGGUACAACGACACAUUUGAUGACGUGGAGCGUGCGUCCUCGGUGAUGGCUAAGAAGGCCCGCAAGGAUGUUUCCAUGUCACAACCGCUUGGACAGAGCCCAUACAAUGUCGGCCUCAUGGCUGGUGGUGCUCGGCAACGAUAAGACGCGCUUUCCGUUAUUGAGCUGCUCAGUGCGGCUUGAUAUUGCUUUGCAUGUUCGUUGAGAGGCUAAAGGGCAUGUCGCCACUGACGAGUCCCUUGCUCAAGUGUGAGAACGAGCGGGAUGGCGAUCAUAAACGGCCUUAGAUGGGUAAAUAUGCUGAUACCCGAAAAUUUGUGCACUUGGCGCCUAGUGCAAUCAAUGGUUGCAUAAAUUUACACAUUACAGAUUUUGCUGAGACGCAGGGAAGAUGACUGACAGCCAAAUGUGCGUAGACUUAGGGGGAUCCUGGUGCUAGAGGUCCGUUCAUCAUUGGUGCUUGGACCGGGGGGAACGUACUCUUGCUACUUGAAAUGAUAAACAUCAAAAGGAUUCCAACAAAUGCAUUUGAUGGAAACGACCUCUUUGUGUUUUGAUUUUCAUGCUGCUUGACGUCGUCCUAUAUGCCCGAAAAGCUGUCUUUAUGUCUAUGUCUUGCUUGAUGUACCUCUGCGGCUGGUUUCAGCAUCACGCCAUUGUGCCUUUACUGACUACCAAGCCUGAUAUGGGAUAUGUUGUGGCCGGCCCCUGAGAGGCUGCCUCCUCAUGGCUAAGGGUAGAUUGGGGAGGAAAAGUUCAAUUCUUUUAUCUUUUCGGGGUGCAACGCUUUGGUGUGCUAUGACGAGUGCAUAAAAUACGGCGUUGGUGGCACAGCUGUAAGAUCAAAGAUAUGCUUUCUCUCUUUCCCACAGCUUCAAUGCCGACAAAGUAUAAUUGGUGUCAUAGAAAAUAUGGGGAACUUUGUACGAAUGCAAAAUCAAUUCGGUUCUACUUCUGUGCUUACAAACUGUGCCGAAGCGACACCAAAAAAUGAAACAAACUUUAUCUGGCUUUCACGACUCUGCCACUAUGUCUCACUUUUGGUGAUGAUAAGACGUAGUCUGACCGGAUUGGAGAUACCCUUUUGAGGAAGCUAUGGAUCAAAUCGAACGUGUAUAGGUGUUUUCAAC